AUGCACAAGUCCUCGGCCUUCCCCAUCGUUGUAAAUGCUGUCACUUGCUUCCUCCUCCUAUCCUUGGCUGACGUACAAGGCAACGAGCGACCAAUAGUUGGUAUUCUUUCGCAACCUUGUACUGGGUUCCGAGGUUGCAAUGAAAGCGGCAGCUACAUCGCAUCUAGCUACGUCAAGUUUGUCGAGAUGGCGGGCGCGAGAGUCAUUCCGAUUAUCUUCAACGCUCCGCAUGAUGAGAUCAUGUUCAGGAUGCGAUACGUGCACAUGUUACUAUUCCCAGGAGGUGCUGUCCCUCUGCAGCCAGGAACUCUAUUUUUUGAGACAUCGAAAUCUCUGUUUGAACAUGUUAUCGAUCUGAACAAACGUGGGUUCUGGUUUCCGCUCCAUGGGACAUGUCUUGGAUUUGAGCUCUUGCAUAUUCUGGUAGCCAGAAGCGGAGGCGUGUUGCAGACAUUCAACAGUACAAACUGUCGAUCUAAAUUGAAUUUCACAGAGUCAGCUCGGCAUUCGCGGCUCUUUCAGAAUUUCUCCAAUGACUUGUUUGAAGCUGCACGGAAAAAGAAGAUUGCUGUGGAGCAUCACAUGUAUGGUGUGAGUCCUGAGGCGUACAAAAACUUCCCAAGUCUACAAAGUUUUUUUCGAAUCCUGUCAACGAGUGCAGAUUUGCAAGGGAAAAUCUACGUGUCGAGCAUGGAGGCCAUCGACUUUCCUAUCAGUGGGACUCAAUUCCACCCAGAAAAACCAGUUUUUGAAUGGAAAACAGGGCAGGAAAUUUCUCAUGAUCCACAAGCAAUACUUAUGGCACAAAUGUUAUCAAAUGCGCUCAUCACAGAGGCAAAGAAAAACAGCAGGCCUCCGCUAUCAAAAGGGCCCCAACUGAAUUCGCUGCUCAUCUACAAUUAUUCUCCGAUUUACAUUUCCGAUGACUCAAUACCAUUCGAACAAGUUUAUGUAUUCCAUACUUCUUCUACCCCUCAUCCUCGUUCUCUGGAGCGAAUAAAUUAG